CACGCCAGUACAAGUACCAGCUCGCAUGACUAAAGGAAGUUCUGAUAAAGACAAUGGAUACGAAAACAUCAGAUAAUCGUAGUUUGGAUCGGAAUUGAGUGAUGACAUGUUUGAGGAGGACAUCUACAUGACACAUAGAAGUUUGUCAAUCUGUUGUCAAGACUCCGACUACAAUUGCACCAUAUGAAAAUUUUGGCGAGAGAAAUGAAAAACAGACGUACUGGUUAAUGGCCGACUGUUGUCGAUGUGGUCCGAAGAACUCUAUUUAUUGAAAGUCCUGAAAGACUAGGCUCCGGAAACAGUUUUUGCAAUCAGAAGAUCCCUGGAAUUCCUUAGAACACUCGCUCCACAUGCAAAUUGUCGUCGUUUUGAAGGAGUCAUUAUUGGAAAACGGGAACACUCGUGGUGGAUCUCUUCGAAAUUGCAUUGCCGCGGUGGGUUUAAUGAAAAAUAUCGGAAGUGCAUACUACACUGGGUCAUUUUGUAGACUUGUUGGUGGGCAUUUAGGGGGGGGGGCGGCUUCCUCCGAGCCUGCUGUGCCUACCUAA